CGCUGGGGCUGCGGCGCCGGCCCAGCCCCGCUCGCUCCGCGCCGCACGAGGGGCCGGGCCCGUGCGAGCCGGCGGCCGCGGCGGCUGCUGCGAGGGCGAACCAUCUGAAAAUGUCUCAGAAUCCUGACAAGCUAAAUUCAAGUGAAGAAAAGUUGAGUGGUUUGGAGGAUGAUCAGGAGGAGAACUUGGACAACUCGGAUCGGUCUGUCCGAAAAAGAAUACGACAGAGUGCUCCAGGGUCACACAGAGAUGAGACACCAAAGUCCAGUCCCUCCCGGCCUGUGUCCAUAGAAGAGCUCAUGGAGACAGCAAAGGGAGUCACCAACAUGGCACUGGCACAUGAAAUUGUGGUGAAUGGGGACUUCCAGAUAAAACCAGCUGAACUGCCAGAACACAGCUUAGAGAAGAAAGUCAGAGAUAUUGUGCAUAAAGCUUUCUGGGAUUGUCUGGAAGCUCAGCUAAAGGAUGACCCCCCGACAUAUGAUCAUGCAAUUAAGCUGUUGGGAGAAAUUAAAGAGAGUCUUCUGUCUUUCUUGUUGCCUGGUCAUACUAGACUGAGAAGCCAGAUUACAGAAGUUCUUGACCUGGAUUUGAUAAAACAGGAGGCAGAGAAUGGGGCCCUUGACAUUUCUAAGUUGGUCAAAUUUGUUAUUGGGAUGAUGGGGACUCUCUGUGCUCCAGCUCGAGAUGAAGACAUUAAGAAACUGAAAGAUAUUAAUGAAAUAGUUCCUCUUUUCAGAGCAAUUUUCUCUGUAUUAGACCUAAUGAAAAUGGAUAUGGCAAACUUCGCUGUCAGUAGUAUUAGGCCAAAAUUAAUGCAGCAGUCUGCUGAAUAUGAAAGAAAGAAGUUUCAGGAGUUUCUUGAGAAACAGCCAAAUUCUUUAGACCUUGUCACAAAGUGGUUGCAAGAAGCAGCAGAUGAUCUUGCAAAGCUGGGACACGAAAUGUUGUCUCCCCACUGUGGUGAUGGUGCCACUGGUGGAGCUUCUGCCUUGUCCUUCACUGCUGUACAAAAUCAGGCCUAUCUGAAGCUGCUGAAGUGGGAUCACAUGAACAGGCCUUUUCCAGAAACGGUGCUCAUGGACCAGACACGUUUCCUGGAGAUCCAGCUGGAGCUGGAGCAGCUGCUGGUGGUGGGGACAGUGCUGCUGGUCACCUUCAGUGCAGCAGGGCCAGCCCUCAUCGAUGUGCCUGGGUUCGCUGAGAAAAUCAAAACCAUCGUCAAGGUGCUGCUGACAGGAAUGCACCUCCCCUCCUUUAACCUGAAGGAAUCCCUGGCCAGUGUGGGUGAGAAGGUGUGUGCUGAAGUGAACAGCUGCCUCUCCCAGCAUGGCUUCACCCCAUUCUCAGCUGAGAGAGAGGCUGUGCUGAAGGGACAGAUCCAGGCAGUGGCCAGCCCAGAUAACUCCAUCUGCAAGCUCAUAGAUUCUCGAAUUCAAAAGUUUCUGGAGAAUUAUCUUGCAUCCAGUCACCAGAAAUCAUUGCCUGCCAUUCCUGGAGGAUUAGGCCCUAUUCAGAGGGAGCUGGAGGAGAUUGCUGCCAAGUACAUUCGACUUGUCAACUACAACAGAAUGGUCUUCAGCCCUUACUAUGAUGCAGUCCUUGGCAAAAUACUGACUAAGGAAGAAUCCCAAAUUGUAGGGAAGUCAGAAGAAUCAUAAAACCAGUCUGUGUGCUACCAAUACAGUAUUGUCAGCUAUUAAAUAAAACUUGUACCAAUAUUUGUCUAGGAGAGCAGCUUUCCAUGUAAAUACUAGUUCCUUUUAACCCAUGAGUGGUGAUUGAUGAAGGGAAAUACAGGAGAUGCAAAAAGGUUUCUGAGGUAAAAAAGUGAGAGGUGCAUUUCUAAUAUAAUUAUGCAACCUGGGGGGAUAUCACAGGAGUUUUCUGGCUGCAAUUUUUAGAUUUUUGAGCUGAUGAUAGGUAGGGCAAGUUUAAGAACAAAACUUUGUAUUUAAGUGGCUCAUUUUAGGGCAUUUAACUCUUAAUUUACAGUGAACUUAGUUUAAUUUAUCCACAGCUGAUUAGUAAUGGUUCUUCCCAGAGGGGGUGAUUAGGUUUUUUAAUCAAUCUAACUUUAAAGAAUUAAAAAAGCUAAAAUUAUAAAGAACUUUAUCAGACAAAACACCAAGCCAAGCAGCACUUUACUGUAACAUUAUGGUGAGUAUGGUAGGCUUACUAGUUUUUUCUGUAUUUUACUGCAUUUUAAUAGCAUUUUUUUGCUGUUUACCUGCAGAUGUUACAAAACAUAAUAUAUUUUUGUAGCAAAUUUUCUGGUUAUUGGGUAACUGUCCUCUGCUAUGUACAGUACUCCCAGAGGUGGCAAUCUUAUAGAUUGCAGCUGUAUUUAUAUCUUGUAAAGAUUUCAGAAAGGGCAGAGCUAAAAUGUUUUGAUAAAAGUGGCAUUUCUUACCUUUUUUUCCUAGUAAUUUACUCCUUUUUAGGUGAAAUACUAAAAUUUUAAAGUAAAUUGUCAUUUGCAGAAGGUGGAUUUACAGUGUGAAACUUUUGGCUGAAACUUUUGGGUUUUUUUAAAAACUACAGCAGGAGAUGGUUGCAUAUUCAAUCAUGUCUUCAAAAAUAUCCAGGAAGUGUAGAGCACUGUGGGCAGUAUAAGUGAUUUCAAUGUACUGUGAGAUGUGAAUGGUUUGAUGUUAGUUUGAAUAUACAGGGAAUAUUUUAGUAGAUUUUUUUCACUUUGUAGAGGUGUUUUUGAAACUUAGAAUAUUUGUAGGUCUUGAAUUUAAUGAUCUAUGUGUUGUAUAGAGGAGAAGAGCCCACUGAUCUUACAUUGCAAUCUCAGGCUCAGCUGGGAGGUAAGUGGAAUUUUCCUCUGGUUGAGCACAACAGUGUAUUACAGUAAUCAAUAUUUGAUGGUUUUAUGAAAGCAAAGUUUGUAGUUAAACACAGUAAGUGGCCCAAGUAUGCAGUUGUCCAAACCAGAAUGUGCUAUCUUUAAAAAAACAGCCAACAAGGUAUGUGAAAUAAAUAAAUAAAAGGGUCUUUGUAUUGCCAACAGGCAGGUUAAUUUAAGAAUCAGCCAAAGUAACAGAACUUGUAGAAGCACUUGAUUAUGAUCCACUGUUGAUGCCUCCCUUUCCAGUUUCCUUUGAGUAUCAGUGUGGGUAAAGCUGCACCAACUUUGUGUUUGGAGAGGGAUGGAAGAAAUAAGACCUUUUUUUUAAUAUUAGCCUAUGCAACUCUAAACCAAAUCUUUUCUCAUUCAUUGCAAACCCCCUUCCCCAAGGGAAAAACCCAGCAAAGCCCUGGGAGAGUUCAUCAGCUCAGACAAGUGAUUCUUCUCUUGGCCAAAUGUACUCAGCCAGCAAAAUGAAUGUCUGUCUUUGAAUCCUUCUACGAGAACUCAAAAUUGAGUUGGUUAGCCAGAAAAAAAGGGUCUGUUUCAUUGUUUGGAUCAUGGUGAGACAGGUGCCUAGAAAAGCCCUUGAAAGGUGUGUGGCUGAUGGCAGAGUGAAGGGCACUGCUUUACAGGGGACAAAAUCCUAAUUGAGGAGGUGGCUGCUCCCAGGGCUGGGAUUCAGGAUUGAGGGCCAUGAGGGCUCCUGCAUGGCAGGGACUGUGCUGCCACCACUGCUUUACUUGCAGGGUGCACACAGGGAUCCCAUCUCCUCUCAGGAGGGGUUUCAUCCUGAGCCUUCAUGUAGCAGAAAAACCCUGGGAUGAGGGAACAGAGGGCAGUACUCACCUGUGGCUCCACUCUCACCUCCAGGGCCCACACAGAAAGGAACAAAUGCUCCUGGCACAGGAGCUGGGGCCUUUCAGCAGGAAAGAUCCAAGGGAGCUGCAGUAAAUGCCCACAAAGCAAGGUAAUGAUUCUCCCAGGUUGUUCUUCUUAAGGAGAGUGUUUGGCAAAACAGUUUCUCUACAUCCUCUCUAAAAGAAACAGGGAGAUGCAACUGAGUGGCAGAGCAAGGAGGACAUUCCAGGCUGGCUGGGGCCAGCCCCAUCUCCCUGUGCAGGUGCUGCUUCACCCCUGGCAGAGAGGAGCCCUGGCUCAGUGGGAAUGUCUCAUUUGCCCCAGGCUCUGUCCUGAAGGCCAAGGGGUUCUUAGGAUCCUAUCAGAGUGCAAUUCCAAACAGCCAAUUCCAAGGGAAAAGCUGAAGUACACAUAGAAACUGCUUGGAAAGCUCACAUAGUGUUUUUUUAGCUUGUUUGAAGAUAACAAGUGCAACGAUGUAGCUGAUAAUUAACAUUUAGCUUUGUGCAUUACAUGGAAGAGCAGUGCAGGUAUCCAGGACCAGGCUGUGUGAGCCAGUGCUGCUGGGCUACCCACAUGGAACUGAGUUAGCCUCAGGAUGCUGUCUUCUUCAAACAGUCCUGGAAUUACAAGCCAAAGUGUGCUGUAUCCUCUAGAAAAUGGAAGCCAAGCUCAUUCUAAUAUGUAUGCUCUGAUCAAUUUCCUGUGAUGGUAUAAUCAGCAUUGCUUUUGAAGUGGCUGAGUAAUAUUUAAGAAGUACCUUGUUGUGUUUGAAUAAAACUAGAAUGAGGCAUGA